UUAACACGUCCAAUGGCCUGUCUGGUGCUAAUAAGUUCUCCAUGCUGUGGUGGAGAGCACACUGGACGGGACAGUGCUGCACGGGGGACUCCGUCGACAGCGGCCGCCUGCUCCUCUCUCCGCACACUUCCACACAAAGAGACACCUCCGGGCUUCCCGAGCCGUCACCUUCAGGGAGCUGGCUGCCCCGCCAUGAAAUAAAACCAAAAAAAUAUCCGGGCAUGAGCACACUGCAGUCGAGGUGAUCAUUGAAUGUGAACACUGGGAGAUAUCAACAUCAAGAGGAGCGCACAAGAGAGAGAGAGAGAGGGCCAUGCACAGACACUCUGCCGCUUUGUAAUCGGCCGACGUCGCGGUGCGUGUGCCUGUGUGUGCGUGUGCGCGUGUGUGUGUGCGUGUGUGAGUGUGUUCUCGGCGUUUUCUCCGAAACAUGGAAUGACCAAAUCCCGCUGGAUUAUUUGAUGGGGCUGCUCAGAGUCAUGAUGCCGCCCAAGUUUCAGCUUCUGGCGCUGCUGGCUUUCGCAGUGGCCAUGUUCUUCCUGGAGAACCAGAUCCAGAAGCUGGAGGAGUCCCGGGGAAAGCUCGAGCGGGCCAUCGCCAGACACGAGGUACGAGAGAUUGAGCAGCGGCACACGCAGGAUGGGCUGCGGGAGCGAGAGGCGCCGGCGUCGGCGCUGUCCGAGAGCGAAGACGUGGUCAUCAUCUACAACCGCGUGCCCAAGACGGCCAGCACCUCCUUCACCAACAUUGCCUACGACCUUUGCGGGAAGAACCACUACCACGUCCUGCACAUCAACACGACCAAGAACAACCCCGUCAUGUCCAUACAGGACCAGGUCCGGUUUGUGAAGAACGUGACUGAAUGGAGGGAAAUGAAGCCGGCCUUCUACCACGGACACGUCUCCUUCCUCGACUUCACCAAGUUUGGGGUUAAGAGGAAGCCCAUCUACAUCAACGUGAUCCGGGACCCCAUUGAAAGGCUGGUGUCCUACUAUUACUUCCUGCGUUUUGGAGAUGACUACCGGCCCGGCCUAAGACGCAGGAAGCAAGGAGACAAGAAGACAUUUGAUGAAUGUGUAUCGGCUGGAGGCUCAGACUGCGCCCCUGAGAAACUCUGGCUCCAGAUCCCUUUUUUCUGCGGCCACUACUCUGAAUGCUGGAAUGUGGGCAGUCACUGGGCGCUGGAGCAGGCCAAGUACAACCUGGUGAAUGAGUACCUCCUGGUUGGAGUCACCGAGGAGCUGGAGGACUUUGUCAUGAUGCUGGAGGCGGCGCUGCCCCGCUUCUUCAAAGGAGCCACUGAGCUUUACAAAACAGGGAAGAAAUCCCACCUGAGGAAGACCAGCGAGAAGAAGCCGCCCACUAAAGAGUCCAUCGCCAAGCUGCAGCAGUCGGCCAUCUGGAAGAUGGAGAACGAGUUUUAUGAGUUUGCUCUGGAGCAGUUCCAGUUCGUCAGGGCCCAUGCUGUCAGGGAAAAGGACGGUGAACUCUACCUGCUGGCGCAAAACUUCUUCUACGAGAAGAUCUACCCCAAAAAUUAAGAGACGCGCACUCUGGGAUAGAGUUUGGAGUCGUUUGGGUGAAGGAAGACUAUUUAGAGGCUUAGUGGUGCACGGGGAAGAAAGGGACGAAGACUACUGAUGACUGUACGGCUGGCUCGCACGGACGAUUGAGAAGGCGAGGUGAAGCUGUGGGCCAGUCCUGGAUGUGACUUGUGUAUUCAUGUCUGUGCCAGCCAGCUGGACCCAGAGGUCGAGUUUCCUCCUCUUCCUCCUCCUUCGUCCGCUGUGUCAGCAGGUUGUGCUCCCUGCGGCUCCCAGGCCACGACUCCCUUUCGCCGCCGUGUCAAAGGUCGUCGGUGCAGAGGAGUCGGCAGACAUGUGGCCGGAGACGGCGCGGCCCCCGCGGCCGGUCACACCGCCACUCCUCCUGAUUGGUCACGCGACUGCUGUUUUCCGAUCCAGACGAAACGUUUUCAUUGGCUGUGUUCUGUUUGGUUGUGUUUUGGUAGUAUUUUAACUCUAAUUUGAUUGUCUUUUCUACGUAAAGACGGUGACAAGUCCCAAGGUGAAAAAAACCACAUCUCCAUGCCUCACCGGUACAACUAACUUAAAAGAAAUUUUACAUGUGAGAAAACUGACUACUGUGCUCUGUUACUGGACUUGAACAAGAACUUUUGAGGUUUUUAUGAAGUUAAAAUCCUGUGAACAAAGACUAUUUACUGGGGCAGGCGUGUGUGUGUUUUAUACUGUACUCGAUGUAUUUGUUUUAUUAAUCUUGUAAAUGUGCAGCCUUGCCCGGGGGGGGUUCCUUGCUAAUGAAGGAAGUGUUUACACAUGAUGAUGUUAUUAAACUGUGGAAGAACACGAUGGCGAUGAUGCUGCUGCUGCUGUAAAUAUUUACUAAUUUUGGUCCAUUUAAUUUCUAGCAAGCUGGUUAUAGAAUUAACAUAUUUAUACUGUUGUAACAGCCUCGGUAAAAUAACAGCAUUUAUCAGUUUGUGCAUUUCUUUCAUUAAUUUUUCAGCAACUUUUUUUUUUGUUUUGUCUUUUUUCCAUUGUAUAGCCACAGUGAAAAACAUGUCUGUCAACUAAUAUGCUGCUCUGCUGCUACAAACUGCUGUUUUCUUUGCGAUUGUCUGCACAAAAGAUAUAUCAUGUAGUCGAUGAGACUUUUGCCGUUUGACCAUAUUUUUUUUUUCCAGGUCCUUUUGUUUAUCAAAACUCGUUUCAUUUAUGACUUGAGGGCCUUUGGUUGGCCAAUUAAAAUUCAAGCCUGCACCCCUCGUUAAAAUUAAUAACUAAUGCAAGCUCAGUCAGGAAAAGCCCUCAAAAUGACAUUGAGUUACCCACUCAACUAAUUAAGUUAUGUUUGAUCCAAGAAGGUGCUCUAGCUUGAAAGGCAAAAAAGACGAAAAGUUACACAGGAUCUUUUUUUUCUUGUUUUGUGACAAGUAGACGCACUCACAUCUGUUCAAGGUCAGUUUGUUCCUUUGUAAAUUCCUGCUGUAUUUCAACACACACAUGUACACACACACACACCCACAUACAUAAAGGUUUAGUGGCUGUAUUCGAAGGCUCAGCUUCCAUGUGCCUUCUCUGCACCCAGCUCUCCCUGUGUUGCAGAUCUGUCAGCUGGAACGUAAACAUGUUUGUCACAACUUUUUCAUCUUUCGAUUGCCAAAAAUAUACAUAAACUUAAGAAAACUGAAAUGUAUGCUUGUGUUUUUGCCUUUUUUUUUUUUUUUUUUUUUUUUUAUCGGUACAAAUGUUUGUGCAGCAUUAGUUACAACAGACCAAGGAGUGGUAAGGAGAGAUAAAGUUGGUACUGUGAAAAUUAAAGCUGGAUUAUUUCAGGGCUGGCAUCCUGCAGAGGGAGAUAAAGAGCUGCCAGGUCUUGUCCUGCCUCCAACUGUGUGUGUGUGUGUGUAUGUGUGUGUGUGUAUGUGUGUGUGUGUCCUUUAGAUUAAAAACAUUUCUUUAAGAGAGUUUUAUGGCAGAACAGACUAUUGUCCUGGCAGUAUUUUCUCAGUAUUUGUUGUUGUAGUGGUUGCUGGGGGGGAUAAAAGUUUUUUCUCUAUCUGUCCCUACUUUGGUUCUAGUGCCAUACAACUGUGAGCACUGAUUUAUUCACCUUCUCACAAUAAAAGUACUAACAAUUUG